AUGGGUGAACAUCCAGUAAACACAAUGCAAGAUCUCCUGAGGGGUCUGGGUUUUCUCCUGCAAAUGAGCUUUGGAGUUAUUUGUAAUGCAAUCAUUUUAGCAGCUUAUUUGGUUGCAGAUUGUUCAGACAUAAAGAAAAUAGACAUCAUUGUCUGUCAUCUCACAUUAGUCAACUUGGUUUCGCUGCUCUCAAGAGGAGUUCCUUACUCAAUGAUGCUUUUAGGGGUGCCAAAUGUACUAACUGAUGUGGGCUGCAAAGCAGUGAUUUAUACUUAUAGGGUCACUAGAGCACUUUCUAUAUCAUCAACCUGUAAUUUGAGCGUGUUUCAGUUAGCAACUAUAGCUCCCACAGUAACUCCAUGGGGAAUAUUUAAAAAUCUAGUAUCAAAGUACAUUCUUCACUCAUUUGUAGGUUUCUGGAUCCUCCAUAUGUCCACCUAUAUAAUCAUGCCAUUAACUGUGGGUGCUCCAGUGAACAACACCAUACCUCAAAGGGCUGUAAAUAUGGGUUUCUGCUAUGCAACAUUCUUAGAUUAUAUACCUGAAAUUCUCAUUACCAUGUUUACUACAGGCAUAGACUACUUACAUCUAGCUCUUAUGACAUUAUGUAGUAUCACCAUGUUAGUUAUACUGAAGAGGCACAGCCAGCAAGUUAGAUAUCUCCAGAGCACAACGCAAAGUGUAGAAGUGAGAGCUUCUAAAAUAAUUAUUUCUCUUGUUUCCCUGUAUGUUAUGUUUCAUGGGGUUGAUAGUUUUUUGACAUUAUACGCCACAUAUAAGAAAGACGGUUCACCCAUUGUGGUGGAUGUCCGUGUUUUCUUAUCUUCAAGUUAUGCUGCUAUAAGUCCUCUCAUUUUGAUUCAUUUUUGCAAAAAGAUGUUUGCCAGAUGGCCAUUCAGGAACAGAGAAUGUAAAUCAAGAAUAAUAACCAGUGUAUCACAUGUGUCUUGCUAA